CGUACGGAGGUAGCGCUGAGCUAGCUGAGCUGAGCUGAGUUGAGUGGUUGGUCCAGAUUCAGUUUCGGAGGAAAAGUAACCAACGAGGGCGAUAGACAACUGUAUAAGUUCCAUAGCUUCUCUCAAUUCUCAAUUUAUACGGUCAUUUCAAGCGUUAUCAUGAGUAAUUCCGAUUUUAAAGGCCAAAUUGUGGUCUAUUCCAUCGUAGGAUGUCCGUUCUGCAUGCGAGCGAAACAGACGUUGCGAGAUUUGGAAUUGCCUUUUCUCGACAUCAACCUCGAUUCUUAUGGUGAGAGCGUACGGAAAGAAGUCCGAGAAAGAAGUGGCAGGAGCACGGUUCCGCAGAUCUUCUUUAAUAGUAAACAUGUUGGCGGCUACGAUGAUUUAAAGGCUUUACUUGCCGAUAAAGUCGGUCUCGAUCGCCUGAUUGAAGAAGUGAAGAACAAUGAAUCCCCUCCUGAAGCCCCAAAGGUUCCUGAUUCUAGCGAAUUGAAGAAAGAAAAAAUAGGGGAUAUGGAUUUCACUUGUGAGCUAGACGAGCACGCCGUGUUGAUACGGGAUCUUAAGAUGAGCGGAAUCAUCAAGGAUCACAGGAAAGGACUUACAACCCACAAGAACACGUUCCAGGCAAAUCAGUUUGUGGACUGGUUAGUGAAGGAAAAAUCCUUUGACGACCGGGCCACAGGCAUCGUGAGUGGGCAGGAUCUCCUGGAUCGUGGUUAUGCGGCUGCCGUCAAAGCCACUCGAGACGGACGCUUUGAGGACAAUGACACCCUCUACAGGCUGCUAGAACAUGACCAGAACAGCGCCCUCAAUGCUGGACUGACCAGUGAAUGCGAGGCCAGACCUGCUUCAGAUCUUGGUGAAGAUUUGAGGAAGCUCAUCUUAUCCCUCUACAAUGACUUUCUUACUCCAGAUGGGAAGAGUGUGAAUUACAAGGGCAUUGCGGAGAGCUCACAAUUCAAGAUGUACACGCGGAUGACGGCACAGCUUUACCGAGUGGAUAUCAAGUCAGCCACAAGGGAAGAGAAGAUUGCUUUCUUCAUCAACAUCUACAAUGCCCUUGUCAUCCAUGGCUACGUGGCUGUAGGAGCCCCAACCAACCUCUGGCAGAGAUACAAGUUCUUCAACUAUGUGAGCUACAUUAUUGGUGGUCAACUAUAUUCUCUCAACGACAUUGAGAACGGUGUUCUGAGGGCAAACAGGAAGCCGAUUGGCUCCCUCUCCAAGCCUUUCUCGAAGAGUGACCUCCGCCUCGUGGUGGCGCUAGACCAGCCUGAGCCGCUCAUUCACUUUGCACUGGUCUGUGGGGCAAAGAGCUGUCCACCCAUCAAGACCUACUCGGGCAAGGAUGUCAUGAACGAGUUGAAGUUAGCAGCGGAAGCUUUCCUGGAGGGUUCUGAUGGCUGCCAGGUCAACGCUGACAAGAAGGAAGUCAAAUGUAGUCAGAUCUUCAAGUGGUACAGAGAGGACUUUGGCAAGAAUGAUAAAGACGUUGCUGUGUUCAUAUCCAAUCACAUGGGGCCGGGUGAGAAGAAGACAUCAUUCCUGCAGGUCAUAAGUCAAAAGGAUUACAAGGUCUCUUAUAUGAAGUACAACUGGGCCAUCAACUCUCAAUAGUGACCAACACUUAUAGGGCAGUGCAAAUAAAUCUUUAGCUACCAUAGAAACCAUGAGAAGAAUUAAUCAUCAAGGAUAUUUUCAUGAAAAAGUAAGGAGCAAAAUGCCUCAUACAUAGCUGUAUAGCCUUCUUACUUG